AUGCUAGGAUUAAAAUUACAGAGAGUUACAUAUCUCGUAAUAUUAUCUUUUCAAAAUGUAUUUCAUACACUCGCAAUGCGUUUUUCUCGUGCCGAAUAUCGUCUCAAAUAUUUUGCCUCUUCUGUCGUAAUAUUGAGCGAGAUUGUAAAAUUUUUGAUAUCAUCUUUUAUGCUUAUACAAGAGAAGCGUCUAAAGCAGACAUUAUCUAGUAUUCAUGAUGAUCCCGUUGAUUUCUUUCGGACCUGCAUUCCUGCUUUUAUUUAUGUCAUACAGAACAGUAUCUUACUCUUCGCACUUAGCCACCUAGACGCAGCAAUCUUUCAGGUCACAUAUCAACUAAAACUUUUCACAACAACAAUAUUUUCAGUGCUAUUUUUGAAUCGAAAAUUAUCUAUUGUUCAGUGGGUCUCCCAGAUUGUGUUGUUUAUUGGAGUUGCUGCAGUUCAGGUGCAAGAACAAUCCGGAAAUUCAUCCAAUUUUAACUCAAAUAGUCCUCCAAGUAUAAUUGGUCUUGCGGCCGUAAUUUUUGCCUCUUUACUUUCCGGAUUCUCUGCAGUUUAUUUUGAAAAAAUCCUCAAAAAUUCUCCCAAAUCGCUAUGGGCUAGAAAUUUCGAGCUUUCUAUGGCUUCGAUUGCCAUUGCUAUAACAGGACAAGUGUUCGGCGAAAGGGAGAAAGUCGCGGAAAAAGGAUUUUUCUAUGGGUUUGAUUGGCUCGUUUGGACAACUAUUGGAUUGCAAUCCGUUGGUGGUAUCAUCGUUGCUCUAGUCGUCAAAUAUGCGGACAAUAUCUUGAAGGGGUUCGCUUGUUCAGCUUCAAUAAUUAUCACCUGCAUCAUAUCCGUGUUGUUUUUCCAUGCCCGACUUUCAUGGACCUUCUUAUUUGGGACAACUUGUGUGGUUAUUGCCGUUGUUUUCUAUUCGGCCUUUCCGUACAAAAUGAUGUCCAAAAAGACCUCAUAA